ACUCUUUUUCCUUCCAUCUGAACUUGAGCUGUGCUGCCGUUACAGAUUCAGAGGCUCAUAUUCUUGUGUUCCUUCCCCAACUAUCUCCGCUGAUUCAGUAUCCGUCGGAAGUGAAACAGAGAAUGUCGACACCUAGCGCAUUGGAUCUGGCUUCAGGUCUUGGUGGCAAGAUUGACAAAGACGAAGUCCUGUCCGCCGUCGAAAAGUACGAGAAAUAUCAUGGCUAUUAUGGAGGUGACGAGGAUGAAAGGAAGGCUAAUUAUACUGACAUGGUUAACAAAUACUAUGAUCUUGCCACCAGCUUUUAUGAGUUUGGAUGGGGGGAGUCUUUCCAUUUUGCACACAGAUGGAAAGGAGAGUCUCUUCGAGAGAGCAUAAAGCGACAUGAACAUUUUCUUGCGUUACAACUUGGCCUGAAGCCUGGUCAGAAGGUGCUAGAUGUAGGAUGUGGGAUUGGUGGACCUCUCAGAGAAAUUGCUCGAUUCAGUUCAACAUCAGUUACAGGGUUGAACAACAACGAAUAUCAGAUAACAAGAGGAAAGGAGCUAAACCGCAUUGCAGGAGUGGACAAGGCUUGCAACUUCGUGAAGGCUGACUUUAUGAAGAUGCCAUUUCCUGAUAACAGCUUUGAUGCAGUUUAUGCUAUUGAAGCUACAUGCCAUGCACCAGAUGCGUAUGGAUGUUACAAAGAGAUUUACAGAGUAUUGAAGCCUGGUCAAUGUUUUGCUGCAUAUGAGUGGUGUAUGACUGAUUCUUUUGAUCCCCAAAACCAGGAGCAUCAGAAAAUUAAGGCAGAAAUAGAGAUCGGUGAUGGUCUUCCAGAUAUCAGGCUGACUGGGCAAUGCCUUGAAGCUCUGAAACGAGCUGGGUUUGAGGUCAUCUGGGAGAAAGAUCUUGCCGCAGAGUCACCUGUCCCAUGGUACUUGCCUUUAGAUAAAAAUCACUUUUCACUGAGUAGCUUUCGUCUAACUGCCGUUGGACGUUUCAUUACAAAAAAUAUGGUCAAGGCUCUAGAAUAUGUGGGACUUGCUCCGAAGGGAAGUCAGAGGGUUCAAGACUUUCUGGAGAAGGCUGCUGAAGGUUUAGUUGAUGGUGGAAGGAAAGAGAUUUUCACCCCGAUGUAUUUCUUUCUUGCUCGUAAACCUCAUCAUUCAGAGAGUCAGUAAUGCAGUGACAAAAUAAGGAAUCAAUUGCUGCUUUGGUUGUUGAAUCUUUCAGGGGAGGCUGACGAGUGAGUGUUUAUAAAUAUGGUAGGCCUUUGUUAGGCAACUUCUAGUUUUCUAGACUGCAUGCUGUGUGUCCAACUUUUUCUUUGGAUUCCUUGUUAUUUGCCUUGAGAAGUAUCACUGGCUGUCUGUUUGAUGAACUUAAUUAUGUGAGGUAACAGCGUUCUUCUGUUUAUGGAUAUUCAAUUUGAUUUAGGUAUGUUUGUUCAAAUG